CUUCAUCCUCACCAAUUAUUUGAUUUCGUUGUUCUCACCACCCAAACCCUCACCUUUUUUUCCUCCUCCCUAUGCUCGCUCUCUCUCUCAACCAUUUUCAAGUGCUCUCACAAACCCUAAUUAUCGCUUUCGCUCCACUUAUAUUUUCAUAUAUGUAUUCACCUGUCAAUUUGGUUGUGGAAUCUCUUUCAAUCUGAAUAUUUGUAUUGCCAAUCGCCAAUUUACUUCUCUCUCCGUCCUUAUCUUUUACUCACUAUUUGCCUUUUCUUUUGGUGCGAAUUUCGUCGAGGCGUUUGAUUGUUCGCUGAAAUUCUGUGAAAUAUCUUUAGUGUGAUGGCGGGAAGUAAGUUAGACCUUCCGGAGGAUCUCAUUACAUCUACUCCGGCCGAUCAAUUGUGGACUCCGAAAGCUGCACUGGGAAAUGAUGAAGACAGGGGAUUGGCUGGAUUACUGGAUGAAUCAAAGGAUCAAGCAGUGUCUGAGAGCAUUCCAUUGUCUCCUCAGUGGCUGUAUGCUAAGCCAAAUGAGCCUAAAAUGGAGACCCGUGGACCGAGCUCUUUAUCUCUUGGAAGUUCUGCAGAUGUGAGCCAGAAGGAGGUUUGGCGCUCAGAUGUGACUGAGGAAAAAAAAGACAGGAGAAAAGUUGGUCAUGAAUCCGAGGGAGUGCGCCGCUGGCGUGAAGAAGAAAGGGAAACUGGAUUGCUUGGUCGAAGGGAUCGCAGGAAGAUGGAGAGACGCGUUGAAAAUGCUCCAGCCAGAGAAUCAACUGACAAUAGAUCUUUGCCUGCCACUGAGAGGUGGAAUGAUGCUAGUGGUCGCAACUCUGGACAUGAACUGAGGCGUGACAGCAAAUGGUCCUUAAGGUGGGGUCCUGAUGACAAAGAAAAGGAUAUUCGGGUGGAGAGAAAGACAGAGAUGGAGAAGGAAGAGCCGCAGACUGAAGUUCAAUCAUUUGUUUCGAAUACCCGUUCUGUUCCUGAACGUGAUUCAGAUUCUCGUGAUAAGUGGAGGCCGCGACACAGGAUGGAUGGAAAUCCAGGUGGGUCAGGUUAUCGUGCUGCACCGGGAUUUGGCAUUGAAAAGGGACGAGUUGAGGGGUCAAAUGUGGGCUUUACCAUAGGGCGUGGAAGGUCAAGUAUUUCUGUUAUAAGAAGUCCAAUUGCAAGUCCUAUUGGUGCUCCUGAAUAUGACAAGAUUGGGAAUGUUCUUGGGAAACCAAUCCUUCUUGAUAGUACAUUUGUUUACCCUAGGGGCAAACUUCUCGACAUAUAUCGCAAGCAAAAGCUGGAGUCUUCUCUUGCCCACAUGCCUGAAAAUUUUGAGGAAGUACCCCCUGUAAGCCAGUUGGAGAACGUUGAGCCUUUAGCUUUUGUUGCUCCUGAUACCGAGCAGAAGGCCAUCUUGAAUGACAUAUGGACUGGUAAAUUAACAAGCAGUGGAGCCUCUUACAGUUCACUUGAGAAGGGUAGGUCCUCUGAAAACAUGUCAGAAUCGGGGGACAAUGAAUUCAAUGAGGUAAGGCUAGCGUCGUCUGUUGACGUCGAUGAAGAGUUGCGCAACUUUCAGAAAACUUCAUUUGAUAUUCAUGAAUACAGUGUUGAUAAUGUCUUCUACCAUACUUCACCAAGAAAAGAGAUAUCUGCAGAUCGUGAAGAGAACUAUGAAGUUCCAGUGGCUAUGUUCGACAGUGUCAAAUCUGCCAUGUUAUUUGAUGCUAAUAAUAACCUUCUUGGUGAGGGGAACUCUUUGCCAACAUCUCAGAAGCAUUGGGGUGGUCAGCUACCCAACAUUGGGAGUGCAGCAAAUGAGUAUCCGCUAGAUAGAGGGAUUCCUCCUGAGGAACUAAGUUUAUAUUAUCAGGAUCCUCAAGGAGAAAUCCAGGGUCCUUUUCUUGGUGUGGAUAUCAUUUCAUGGUUUGAGCAAGGAUUUUUUGGGACCGAUUUACCUGUCCGUUUUGAAGAUGCUUCUGAUGAGGCACCUUUCCAAAAAUUGGGAGACGUGAUGCCUCAUCUGAAAUUUCAAAAUGAGUACGAUAGUGAAGCUGAUUUAAGUUCCAAUAUAUUAGAGAAAUCUUCCGUCAUGGAGGGUACAUUGGAAACAUUACGUUCUGUUCCUGCAUCGGGUACUUCCAAUGUAAUAGAUGGCUCAGGCUGGCAGUUGUCUGAUUUUGAUGCUAUCCCUCCACAGCAAGCUCAUCCUCGAGCAAGUGAACAUCAAUGUCAGCCGUCACAACACUUGUACACUCAGGGAGAAGAUUCUCAUGAUUUUGGUGCACUGGAUGAAGAAAUUUUGUUACCUCAAAGACCUGGAAAUGGCCGCACUGAUAUAGGACAGAUGUCCAGAGGGUAUGCUGAACUUGCUACAAACAGUGGCAACCAAUCUUAUCAUACCAUUGAAAGGACAGAUUCUGUUGUGUCUAAUAAAAAGGAUAGUACUUUGCAUCCUCUUGGUUUGUUAUGGUCUGAGCUUGAGAGUACGUCCUCGAGGAAUGAUCAGACACCCAUGUUCAGUGGGGUUGCACCAGAUAAAUUUUUAAACCCUGUUUCUGGAGGCCUUGAUCAUUUUGGUGCAAUGACUAAUCUUAGUCAUGCCCCUGAGGGAUGGAAUGAUGGUUAUAGCAGCAGUGCACUUUCUGAUUCCAAAUUGUACCAUGGCAUUAUUGACACUGGUCAUAUUUCAAGAGUGAACCAAAAAUACAACAACCAUUAUGGUUUAGCAGAGAAGCUGUUGCCCCAACUUCAGCUGCAGCAGCAUCAUCAGCCACAUAAUGUGAUGCUCUCUAAUAAUAGACACUUGAAUGAAGCAAUGCUUGAAGGGGGGCCCAUCUCGAACUUGAUGCACCACAAGCAGCUUGCCAUUCAGUCAGGACAAGAUAUGGAACAUAUCCUAGCCAUGCAGUUGCAACAGCAGAGGCAGAUGCAGCUUCAACAGCAGCAGCAACAACAACUACAACAACAGCAGUUCCAUCAACAACAGAUACUGUUGAAAGAGCAACAUGAGUCUCAGGCGAGGCAAGUUCUUUUUGAGCAGCUACUGCAUAGUCAAAUGCUUGAGUCUGGUCGUGGGCAGUCACGUCUUGAGACUCUCAGGUCCGGUGCUGCUCAAGCGAUACUGAAGCAACAAAUCCUAAAUGAUCUGCAGCAGCAUUCCCAAUUCCCAAGGCAUCUGGAUCCAUCUCUUGAGCAGCUAAUUCAAGCAAAAUUUGGUCAAAUACCCCAUCAAGGACAUCCAAAUGAUAUGUUGGAGCUUUUAUCUCGUGGAAGACUUGGUGAGGUUCACUCCCUUGAACAACAGAUUAUUCAGCAAGAUCAGCUACAUGGGAGGCAGCAGUUGCCGUUGGGGCUGAGGCAACGACUGGAUAUGGAAGAAGAAAAGCAAAUUAAUCCUGGAUGGUCAUUUGAUGAAGCAGGCCAGUUCCACAGGAAUCCUGCUUCUUCUAAUAGAGCUAUAUCUGCUGGGUUUGGAGUCCCUUUGGACUUCUAUUCCCAACAAGUGCCAUCUUCUGAUGGGAGGAAUCCUUCAGUACAAGAUAGACUUCAACAUGGCCUUUAUGAGCACGGCAUGUUACCUUUUGAGCGUCCGAUGCCAUUGCCUGUGGAUGGUGGAUUGAAUCGUGAUUUUGUGAAUCAAGGUUUAGAAAUGCAGGAACAGAUUGCCCGGCUACAACCUGGUGGUUCAUCAAUCAAUGUUUAUUCUCGGCAUUCAAACCACCCUUCAGUUCCAAAUCAAAUUCACGCUUCACGCUUGGAUACAACAGACAAUAUUUGGCCCGAGGAUAAUGAUCAAUUAUCGAGCGACUGGAUGGAGUCAAGAAUGCAACAGCUGCAUCUUCGUAAUGAGAGACACAUUAGGGAAUUGGAUUCUAAAAGGAGUGUUGAAGACUCUAGUUUUUGGAUGUCUGCUGGAGCAAAUGAUGAUGACAGUUCUAAGCGCUUGCUAAUGGAGUUACUACAUCAGAAGUCUGAUAACCCAUCCACUGAACAGUUUGAUGUGGUUAAUGGAAUAGCACACGAGAGGAGGCCAUCUUCAGGCCAUUAUUCUGGGACAUGCAUGGCUAACCAGUCAUUUAAUGUUGUUUCAGAUCAGGAAUCUGGUUUUGACAACCCAUCCACUGUUGGGUCUUAUGGUUCUGAUUCUGGUGGACAAAACCAGAAUAGAUCUUCCGACGGUAUUACCAAAGUUAAUGAAAUUGGCGAGUUGUCUUAUAGAUCUGAAGGCAGAACAUUAGUUGAAGGAAGACCAUUUGUGGCAGACAAUGGUGAAAACUCUCAGGUAUGCUGUGAUAGUUUUAUCAUGCGUAACAAGGCAGAAGAAGAAAUAACUAUCUCUAAUAUGGAAGAAAAGAAAAGAUUUCUCAUCAGUGAUGGUACAAUUCAGGGAAUAAUUUCAGAGGCUCAGGAUGGCAUAGUUGAGCAGACUCACUUGGUACCUAUAGAUCGAGGUGAAAUGACUGAUAAUCCCCUUGUCAGGCACAAGUCACUUAGCUCAACUGGUUCUCCCAUUCAGAAGAUUGGAUCAGGCGACUCCUUGUUGGAGGAUGCUACUAAGGAUAGACGUCCGCCGGUGUCAAGAGCUGCAUCUUCUCAGGAAGGGUUGUCUGAGCUCAGUGCAUCAGCCGUUUCAGCCAGACGAAAAAAUCUUUUAAAUGACGUAUCUGAUGGGGCAAGACGAGAAGGAGGAAAUAGCAUUAAUAGUAAUGCGGGAAACAAGGCAGUAGAGGCAUCAUCCGGAAGAAGUCCCAUUCUGUUUAGGCGAACAUCAUCCUGUAAUGAUGCUAAGGAUGUGAUGGAGACUUCGUUCAGUGACAUGCUCAAGAGCAACAGCUCCAAGAAGCCUCCUCCCGAAUAUCAUUCUGAGUUGACCGAUGCUGGGACUGCCUCUUCAGCUUCAGUAGCCCGAAACAACAAAAGAAAGGGGAAGAAAGGUAGGCAAAUCGAUCCAGCUCUUCUUGGUUUCAAGGUUACAAGCAAUCGGAUCAUGAUGGGUGAGAUACAACGUAUAGAUGAUUAACCGAUAAUGAUAUGAUAGUAGGUUGAAUAGCAGAGUUUGUAUGAUGAUUUGCACUACACACUUGUGUGUUUUUCUUUUUUGGAUUUUUUGUAUAGUUUCUGUAGAGUUUUUUUUUUUGGCAACAUUUUAUUCUUUUGGGGGCGAUCUUGUUGCACCCGCUCCAAUUGGUUGAGAUAUGUUCAGAUGAAUUGGCUUCCAAUUCAUACGGGUAGAGGAAUAAACCUUCGUAAUUGCAAUAUGUUUUCUGCAAAUCUUUUUGGCAUCGAGUGUUAUCACUUUCUGUAUCAGUUGAUUUUCUGCAAAUCA